AUGCGCUGGCUUCUACACCAGCCACAACGUCGUGUAUUGUUUCUAACAGGAAGUUCUGCGUCGGAUUCGUCCGUUCAAUCGGCUCUGGAGCGAGAUUUGCCUGCGUUUGAGCUAGAACGACGUGGCCACGGCGUCUUUAGUGUCCAUGAGUUUUGUCAGCUGUUACUGCGUGAAAGCGGCCACGAACCUCGAGUCUUUGGACGUGCACAGCUAACGGCAAUGCUGAUGCAUCAUCUCCAGGAACGUCCUGGUCAAAUUCAAUUGACAGCCACGUCGACGCUUCAAAGACGUAAAAUGACGCAAAAUUUGCUGCAAUUCUUUCAGCUUUUGGAGAGAGAAGGCAUUGUACCGGACCAGUACUCAGCAUCAAUAGCUGCAUCGAGAGAUGAACUACUACAAGAGCUGUCGGAGACGUAUAGGACCUAUCAGGAAGUAUUGAUGCAACAUAAUGCUACGUCAUGGGACGGAUUGGUGCUGGAUAUGCUGACAAUGUGCAAAGUGCAGACAGGAGACGUAGAGACUGCUACAUCAGCAAUGAACUUUAGUCUCGCAACGAUGCGAGAUUACACUGAUGUCGUGGUGGAUGAUGUCCAGAGGAUGACACCGGCAAUGGUAAAACUAGUGGGGCACCUGUGUGGUCAAUCCAAUGUAAAGUCCAGUGCCAGCUUUAGCCGUGUGCUGUUUGAAGGAGAGGAGUGUUUUAGAACUUUAAUGUUAGAGCGACAGUUGCUGUCGACGGCAGCAGAUACAGGUCAGACAUGUACGCUGAACCGCACUGCGUUAGAGACAGAAACCAAAGCUGUAGAAACGAGAGCAAAGAUGCAGGCCUUUGCACGGCAGGUGUUAAAGCAACUCAGUGAUGGUAGUAGCAAUGUGCCCUCGCCUGUUCCAUUAAAGUGCUGGCGCAUGAGUACUUCUGAGGCAGAGGAAAGGAGUAUUGGUGCAUAUCUAGCUCAGAAAAUGGAGUCUGCUGGAGCUAUGAACGUCACAGUGCUAUGCCCCACGCAUGCAGAUGCACAUCGGAUUGCGUUAGCAUUUCAAAAGCAGGGGUUGCCAGCUCAGGCUGACGGCGAUUGGUCAGCAACAAGUAUCUCCACUGGUGCACCUAUCCACCUUUUUGACGAGCCUGGUGUGAACGCAGUGUAUUCGCUGCUGUGUGCGUUAUGCUUUCCGAGCGACUCACGCCAUCUUUACAACGUUUUGCGGUCUGCUUCUUUUGCUUUUCCGGCAGAGCUUCUCUCGUGGUUAAUGGAAAAGGAGCACAGGAGCUAUGUUGAUUUGUUUGCGGUCCUUGAAACUUUUAUUGAAACACAUGGUAAGUCACUUGGCACGUCCCUUGAUCAAAAAGACGGAGAGAAGCAGAAGCUGCCUCAAGUGGUGUCGUGUCAGCUCGAGACGGGCAUAGAGAUAGCUGAGUCGUUUGUGAGCAUUAUUAAGCGUCUUCGUGCUAAAUGUCAUGAACUAUCUGCAGUUGAAAUCGUGCAGAUGUUUUUGGAGGGGACAGGUCGACUGGAUACACUGCUGCGUCCCACUUCUCCGGAAGAGGAGCGCAAAUCAUUGGUUCUGGCAGACUUUUUACGGGAACUCGAGACUGCGCAAAAGGUUGCACGGAGUGAUCAAAUAACGUUUGUGGUGCCGUACUUACAGCAAUUAAGGGAGACCAACUUGACUUCGUCAGCUUCAUGGGCAAAUGAUACACCAGACGUUAGUACGCAGAUAACUGGUAAGGAUGUUUGCAUCCGUGUAAUCCCACUGACAGCGUACGCAUUACAAUCCUACGCAUCGUCAGUGGCUGAUGGUGAGGAAGGUCGCAAGCAUGUGUUGGUUUUGAUGUCAAUGCGCGAUAGCAAGUUUCCUGGGCGGAUGAAACGUAUCACUUUACCACUUCCGUACGAUCUGCUCAGCGAACCAUAUCCAGUGCAAUCACGUAUUGAGCAUCUCAAGCAAUGCGAACAGCUUGUAUACGAGGCCUUAACGUUGAGCGAGUAUGAUGAGGUGGUGCUGUCUUUUGCUGAGGUCACAGCCACCUCAGCAUCCAAGCGCGAGGUUUUAAGCCGUACAUUUCAACCGAUCUGGCAUGAUGAAGACCAACCAGCAAUAGACGCCAGCUGUAUCGGCGGCAGCAAAGAGAACACUUGUAUCUAG